AUAGGAAGGAGGAGGGGGUGAGGAGGAGGAGGAGGAGGAGGAGGAGGAGGCGGCACGGGUGCUGUUUCUCCAGUCUCUUUCCCCUGUCUUUGUCUCACACACUCUUUUGUUAGCCAUGCCUAGCCUGCUGGUUCUAGCAGGGAUCAUGGAGAAAAACGGGGGCUAUGCCGGGGAUCUGGCCGGCUCCGGCUUCGGAGGCGAAGGUCUCCUGGUGCCGCCCGACGAGGAGGAAGACGACUCCCGUGCCCUCAGGGUCGCGCUGGGCCAGCUGUCUCUGCUGGGGCUCGGGGAAGGCGAGGACGGUGGUGGUGGUGGAGGUGGAGGAGGAGGAGGUGGUGGUGGUGGUGGUGGUGGAGCCCCGACGACGGGAGUGCAGGACCGGAGCAAUAAUAACAACAACCACCACAACCACGCGAACAACGUCGGGGACGCGGCGAUCCUGCAAGGGAAGAGCAAGUUGUGCGCGUUGUACGAGAGCUCCUCAAGUGAGACGAAGGGACGCGGCUGCAACAUCACAGAAUGCGUCCCGGUGCCCAGCUCUGAACAUGUGGCCGAGAUAGUGGGGAGACAAGGUUGCAAGAUCAAAGCCCUGCGGGCCAAGACCAACACCUACAUCAAAACCCCCGUCAGAGGAGAGGAGCCCGUGUUCUUAAUCACUGGCCGGAAGGAGGAUGUUGCACUGGCCCGCCGUGAAAUCAUCUCCGCCGCAGAGCACUUCUCCAUGCUCCGGGCGUCCCGCAACAAGCUGGGAGUGUCCUUUAGCGGCUCCCCGCCCACGCCGCUGCCAGGUCAGACCACCAUUCAGGUGAGAGUGCCAUACCGUGUCGUUGGGCUGGUAGUGGGGCCGAAAGGCUCCACCAUCAAACGCAUCCAGCAGCAAACCUGCACCUACAUCGUCACCCCGAGUCGAGACCGCGACCCCGUCUUUGAGAUCACGGGGUCGCCGAGCAACGCCGAGAGGGCCCGCGAGGAGAUCGAAGCACACAUCGCCUUCCGAACGGGAGGCCUGCACGACCACAACAAUGAGAAUGACUGUCUGGGGCCCAACGGUGGGAGCAGCCCGGCGGGCAGCAGCGGCGGUCUGGAGAGCCGGCUACAGCAGGUGUGGGGGCUGCAGGGGGAGCGCAAGCCUCUCACCAGCAGCUACCGCCAGAACUUCUCAGAUGCCAUGGUGGGAGGGGGAGGGGGAGGCGAGGGAGUGGGAAUCUACAGCAAGAGCAACUUCUCCAGCUCCGGAGAGAAGCCGUGCUCAUAUUUUGGAUCGGAGGGCACCCAGAGCUGGGACCCAGACUACCCCAAACAGGUGGCCUUCUACGCCCAGCAGCGCUCCAAGAGCUUCGGAGGCCUCCCGCUCCCGCUGACCAGACUCUCCCCGGCUUAUCCGAGUCCUGCGGGCGUUAGCAACAACAACAACAACUCGUCAGUCACCAGCAUCGUGUCCGUAUCCGGCUCGCCUCACGCCCAGGCCCGCCGCGCCCACAGUGAGCCCACCUCGGCCGGCGAGGGCUUCCCGGGCCGUCUGCCAGUGCCGGACUCGCCACCGAUCACUGUGCGGGACUGCAUGACCUGCUUUGAAAGCAAAGUGACGGCUGCCUUGGUGCCCUGUGGCCACAACCUCUUCUGCAUGGAGUGUGCCAUCCGAAUCUGUGAGCUCAACCACCCGGAGUGCCCCGUGUGCCACACCCAGGUCACACAGGCCAUCCGAAUAUUCUCUUAAGGAACCACAUCAGUUUUUAUCAUUAGUUUCGUCAGUGUUUGUUC